UGGUAACUAGUUCAAAUUCAAUAUGGCGGAUAAAAUGGGGUAAUUCACGUGUUGAGAGGUUAUUUUUUAAAAUGCAGGUCUCUCAGCCUAAUAAUGUCAAGAUAUACAACCUUUCGGCGGGGAAGUCAUUACCCGAGUGGCUGUCGGAGAGGAAGCGCAGGACCUUGCAAAAGAAUGAUAUUGAUAUCCGACGAAGAAUUGAACUUAUCCAAGACUUUGAGAUGCCAACAGCCUCCACUAACAUCCAAGUGUCGGCAGAUAAUCAGUAUGUUAUGGCAACAGGGGUUUACAAACCAAGGGUCCGAUGCUAUGACACCACACAGCUCUCUUUGAAGUUUGAGCGUUGUCUGGACUCAGACAUUGUAAAGUUUUGCAUUUUGUCAGAAGACUACUCAAAAAUGGUCUUCUUAAACUCUGAUAGAUAUGUUGAGUUUCAUGCACAGUAUGGAAGAUAUUACAGAACAAGAAUCCCUAAGUUUGGGCGGGACCUCGCCUACCAUUACCCAUCCUGUGAUUUGUACAUGGUAGGAGCUGGCUCUGAAGUUUAUAGGCUCAACCUUGAGCAAGGGAAAUUUUUAAACCCUCUGCAAACAGAUGCUGUAGGAAUGAAUGUUUGUGAUCUAAAUCCUGUUCAUCAACUGUUCGCUGCCGGGACAACAGAGGGCAGAAUUGAAUGCUGGGAUCCAAGAUCUCGGUCCAGGGUGGGACUUUUAGAUGUCGCUCUCAGUGGAAUACCACAGGAAAGUGUUGAUCAGGUUCCUGCUGUCACCGCCCUGCGGUUCAGAGAUGGGCUCACAAUGGGUGUCGGGACCAGCACUGGGCAUGUUUUGAUGUAUGAUCUCCGCUCCAGUCAACCACUUCUAGUGAAGGAUCACCAGUACGGCCUGCCAAUCAAUAGCCUUGCCUAUCAAGAUCAGCUAGGCGUGGUCCUAUCAACAGACUCGAAGAUCCUUAAGAUUUGGGACAGAGAGACGGGCAAGCCAUUCACGUCUAUUGAGCCGCAGACAAAUAUCAAUGACUUGUGUGUAUUUCCUGACAGUGGGUUAUUGUUCAUGGCCACAGAGUCACCAAAGAUGCUUGUCUACUACAUCCCUACGCUUGGCCCCGCCCCUCGUUGGUGCUCCUUCCUUGAUAAUCUGACCGAGGAGCUUGAGGAAGAUGAGCAACCCACUGUUUAUGACGACUACAAGUUUGUAACAAAGGAAGAUAUAGAAGGACUUGGCCUUUCUCACUUGAUGAGUACAAACCUACUCAGGGCAUACAUGCAUGGCUUCUUCAUGGACAUGCGUCUUUACCAAAAGGCCAAGACAAUCGCUGAGCCGUUUGCAUACGAGGAAUACCGUAAGAAACGCAUUCAAGAGAAAAUUGAAGAAGAGAGAGCCAAUAGAGUUCGGCUGAAGAAACUUCCAAAGGUUAACAGGUCUCUUGCAGAAAAACUACUAGACCAUGAAGUCGCAAAGAAACAGAAUUCACAACCUGCAGAUGUUAGCAACCCCAUCGGUGAUGACCGUUUUGCUGCGCUCUUCAAAAACCCCGACUUCCAAGUCGAUGAGGAGAGCGAGGAGUUUAGGCUGCUACAUCCCGUGCUAUCCAAACACGAUAAGGGGAAGCAGAAACGAAGAAAAGAGGCAGAAAAAGCCCAAGAAAAGAUGUUUUCACAGUUUGACGAAGUGGAGGAGCCCGAGGGCAAGCCUAGUGACGACGAGUCAAGCUCAGAUGACGAGCACACGUGGAGAGAAGAGCAGCGCAAACAGCUGAAAACCAAGAAGAAAGAGAAGCAGAUGGUACCAAACAAAUUGAAGUUUUAUGAGCUGAAGGGAGGAGAGGAGUACCGUGGGGCCCGCGCACAGAACGCGAACGGUGCUGUUGCCAGGGCCUCUAGAGCCUCGCUUGGUGAGCGUAUUAAAGGACAGAACGGUAGUAUUGCCGGUAUCAUUAAACAGACUGGAUCCACCUUCGGAGAAAUGGAAAUGAUGUUUUCCCUCAAAAAAACGGAGGAAGAAUCUCAGAGACAACAGGAAUCAAGAGAGCAUCGGCAAGAGCGUAAAAAACUUCGUCGCUCAGCUGGAAAACUUAUGGCGGGAGAUAAAAAAGGACCUGUAUAUUGGCGCGGGAAAAGAGUUAGAUAGUACCAAACAAACCAUAUCUCAUCUUGAAAUUCUGAGGAAUGCUAUAAAUAACCUACUUAUAGCCGCUCACUCACGAAAUGAGUCAAUCAAUGAAUUUGUAAGCGGGUAAACGUAAACAAAUGCUAUACAAGGAAGUUUGGGGGUGAAACAAAGAAGAGUAGAUUUAUUAGGGACUGAGUGUCCAAACGUUUCACGUCAAGGUUUGAAGGGCGGAUGGAAUGCUAUGAAUGGAACUUUGGGAGUAAAAAUAAAAUGGUGGAUGGCAACAAAUUCACGUCAUAUUCGCGACCUUCACAUUCUUAGCGAUUUUAAUUCGUGCGCAACUCCGCAUACAUCUUGUAUGUGUUUAUAUCUACAUGCACGGAAUACUACAAUAAUAUUUUUUAACCAGCGCUUUUAGGUUAUUGUAUUAUGUUGAAAAUGCCCCUUUUAUAAAAUAAACCGUGACUUUUUAAACUA